AUGGCUGAACGCUACAUCCCCGAGCAUCGUCGUACCCAGUUCAAGGCGAAGGGCACAUUCAAGCAGGAUGAGCUCCGUCGUCGCCGCGAGGAGCAGCAGGUCGAGAUCCGCAAGCAGAAGAGAGAAGAGAAUCUCGCCAAACGAAGAGGUAUUGGCGCCGGGAUAGGAGCCAGUGAUGGCGGCAUGCUCGCAGACAGUGACGAUGAAGCUGGUCCCAUCGAAACUGAGUUGGAUGCAGAGCUCCCAGAGAUGGUCAAGGGCGUGUUUUCAGACCAGAUCGAACUGCAGAUUCAGUCCACCACCAAGUUUAGAAAACUCCUCUCCAAGGAGAGAAACCCCCCAAUUGAACGUGUUAUCGAGACCGGUGUUGUUAGCCGUUUCGUCGAUUUGAAGCCGCCUGGGCCCUGA